CUAGGCCUGAACGGGUAUAAGGUCUCAAAAGAAAAGGCGCAAAUUGCAUGCACAACUGUGUUGUACUUAGGAUGUGAAAUUUCACAAGGGCAGCGAAAGCUGGGAAUAAAUCGCAUAGAGGCAAUUUGUGCCAUUCCAGAACCACGGAACCUACAUGAGUUAAGAACAUUUUUGGGUAUGGCAGGGUGGUGCAGAUUAUGGAUAAUGGACUAUGGACUCAUUGCUAAACCCCUGUAUGAGGCCCAAAAAUCACCUGUUUUUGUUUGGAAUAAACCACAGAAAGAGGCCUUUAAGAAACUGAAAGAGGCAUUAAUGAAAUCUCCAGCUUUGGGACUCCCAGGUCUGACAAAGGACUUUCAGUUAUUCGUCCAUGAGAGACAGAGAUUAGUGCUGGGGAUGUUAACUCAGAAACUUGGAAGCUGGAAGAGACCAGUAGGAUAUUUCUCAAAACAGCUGGACCCGGUAAGUGCGGGAUGGCCUGUAUGUUUGAGAGCAGUAGCAGCGACUAUUGUUCUAAUACAGGAGGCCAGAAAACUGACUUUGGGAAAACACAUGGAAGUGUUUGUGCCACAUAUGGUGACAACCGUCUUGGAACAAAAAGGGGGGUACUGGUUAUCCCCUAGCAGGAUGAUGAAAUAUCAAGCAAUUUUAACAGAACAAGAUGAUGUAAGCUUAAAGACUACUAACCUGUUAAAUCCAGCAGCCUUUCUAGGAACGGACCUAGAAGAACGGAUGCUUGAACACAACUGUAUAGAGGUCAUCGAGCAUACAUAUGCAACUAGAACAGAUUUAAAGGAUGAACCUCUUGAACAACCUGAGUGGGAGCUUUUCACAGAUGGUAGCAGCUUUGUGGAAAAUGGAACACGGUAUGCAGGAUAUGCUGUAACAACACAGCAAAAGAUAAUUGAAGCAAAAGCGCUACCUCCUGGAACAUCAGCACAACGGGCUGAACUCAUAGCUCUUAUGAGAGCACUGGAACUGAGUAACAACAAAAAGGUAAAUAUCUGGACAGAUUCAAAGUACGCGUUCGGUGUAGUACAUAUACAUGGAGCAUUAUGGAAAGAACGAGGGCUUCUAUCUUCUCAAGGGACUAAUAUAAAAUAUCAAAAAGAAAUUUUGGAAUUAAUAAUUGCUGUGCAAAAGCCUAAACAGGUGGCCAUCAUGCAUUGCAAAGCACAUCAAGGAGGAACUUCAAAGAUAUCCGAAGGAAAUACAUUGGCAGACCGGAGAGCUCAACAGGUGGCCCGGAAAGUAUGGAAUAUAAUGGCACUGAUACCUCUCAAGGUAAGCCCACUCCAUACCUAUCUCUCACAAGAUCCAAACUAUUCAAAGGAAGAUGAGAAAUUGGCAGGACUUUUAAAGGCUCAAAAGAAUUCUGAAGGAUGGUAUAUAACAGUAACUGGACAAAUAACAGUGCCACCAGCUAUAAUGCGAAAAAUUCUACAGAACGAACAUCAGAAAUGUCAUUGGGGUGCAGAAGCAUUGGUGACUUAUUUAAAGCGAGGAAUAAUUUCCACACAGAUGUUAACCAUGGCAAAAUCAGUAGGGUCAAAAUGUGAAAUUUGUUUGAAAAAUAACCCAGUAGUAAGGAAACAAGUUGAAAUGGGAAGGAUCAGAGUAGGGAUGGAACCAGGAGAUUAUUGGCAAAUUGAUUUUGUGGAAUUACCAAAGACACAAGGGUACAAAUACUUAUUAGUAGGGGUUGACACCUUUUCUGGAUGGCCGGAGGCCCUUCCCUGUCGCACCAAUCAGGCAAAAGAGACAGUAAAGUGGUUGCUCAGAGAAAUUAUUCCACGAUUUGGUGUUCCUUUAGGAAUAUCAUCAGACAGAGGCCCACACUUUAUCGCAACAAUAGUACAGGAGAUAAGUAAACUGCUAGGAAUAUCAUGGAAUCUACAUACUCCCUGGAGACCUCAAUCUAGUGGGCAGGUAGAAAAGAUGAAUCAGACAAUAAAAAGGCAAAUCAGUAAAAUAUGCCAAGAGGCCAAAAUAAAGUGGCCACAGGCACUGCCCAUAGCCUUGUUGCAAAUCAGAAUAAAACCUAGAAGUGGAAUGUCAGUAAGCCCCUAUGAAAUCCUCUAUGGAAAACCAUAUGAGGCACCAGAACCUAAUCCCAAUACCCACAUUAAAGGGAAUCAGGAUGUUUACGAUUAUGUGCUAUCUCUAGGUAAAACCCUAACCAGACUGAGAAGCACCCUGGUGUGGAACAGCCCAUUGUCUUUGGAAAAUCCAGUGCAUGACAUUCAGCCAGGAGAUCAAGUAUACAUCCGAAAUUGGAAUGAGGAACCAUUAAAAGAAAGGUGGGACGGACCUCAUCAAGUACUAUUAGCAACGUUCACUGCAGUGCAGGUAGAAGGGGUGGAUUCUUGGAUACAUUAUACACGGGUAAAAAGAGUUCCAAAAGUCUGGGAAACACAGAUACUAGGCCCUACGAAACUGACGCUGAAAUGUAAAUAA